AAAUCGAACAACUACAAAGUCAUGGAUGAAAAUGCAUUAGUUGUUUUCUGUAUUUCAUUGAUAUUCAUUUACUUGGAUUACUUCCAAGCAGGUUUUUCCCAACAAAGACAAACAGGAGAAUGAGGCAAAUUAGCAGUGAAGUCAAUGCAUUGUUGAAGGGUAUCAUUGAGAAAAGAGAGAAGGCAAUGAAAGGUGGCGAAACUGCUAAUGAUGAUUUAUUAGGUCUACUAAUGGAAUCCAACUACAGAGAUAUGCAAGAAAAUGACGAGAGGAAGAAUGUUGGAAUGAGCAUCAAAGAUGUCAUUGAGGAGUGUAAGCUAUUCUACCUUGCUGGCCAAGAGACUACCUCAGUUUUACUUCUGUGGACAAUGGUUCUAUUAAGCAAACAUUCAAACUGGCAAGCUUGCGCAAGGGAAGAGGUUUUACGGGUUUUUGGUACUAAAAAACCAGAUGGCGAUGGCUUAAAUCACCUCAAAAUUGUUACAAUGAUUUUUCAUGAGGUCCUUAGGUUAUAUCCACCAGCACCCAUGCUCACACGAGCUGUUUUUGCCGACAGCCAAGUGGGAGGAUUGUAUUUACCAGAUGGAGUGCAGAUCGCUUUGCCAAUCCUCCUAAUUCACCACGAUGAUAAAAUUUGGGGAGAGGAUGCAAAGGAAUUCAACCCGGGGAGAUUUUCAGAAGGAGUUUCAAAGGCAGCAAAGAGCCAAGUUUCAUUUUUUCCAUUUGGUUAUGGUCCUCGUAUAUGCGUUGGACAAAAUUUUGCAAUGAUGGAAGCAAAAAUGGCUUUGGCAAUGAUCUUACAACGUUUCUCAUUUGAACUUUCCCCAUCCUAUGCUCAUGCACCUAUUAGUCUUAUAACUAUGCAACCCCAACAUGGUGCACACCUGAUUUUACAUGGACUUUAGUGUCAGAAUUCCUGGUAUCAGUAGAUGUUAAUUAGCACGACCUUUAAACCUAGCUAGUGUCGAAUUUAAAUUGUCCACACUCCCUUUUCCUUGAAAUGUGUCCUCUACAAAUCCAAUGUAUUAAUAAAAUUAUCUUUUU